GAAGGCAGCGCCACGUUCACUCUAGUCUGUGAGACAUUUGGGGAACACCGGUGCACAUUGGAUGUCAAUGAACCCAGCAAGGAGGAAAUUUUCCUCGGGAGGAAGCUCUACCCUUGAGAUGAUGAACUAGGAGCCUCCUUAUCCCACAGGUCUGGAGCACCUCUUUGCCGGCAUUAUCUGGGCAUUAAAAUAGGUGCACAGGCGAAAGCCUAUGAGCUGAAAGUGAAUCUCAUGCAGACCUCACAGCCAUCUACUGACAUUGAGAAACUCCAACGCAAAGCCUCAGAAGUGCAGUUUAACCGUGAGAACAUCAAACUGCAUCAUCAGUAUAUAAAUGAUCUUCUGAAGCAAUUUGAGAGUGCUACACCUGACCACAGAUUUGAGAUGAUGGAGGAAGGGGGGUUGCCUGAUUCUCAACUGUUUCCACCAGCCGUACCGAUGUAUGAGCAGCGAAUUCAAAUUAUUACAGAGACUGAAGACCAUGACAAAGAUGUGAAGGGCAGGGAGGCCUCUCUGCCCUCUCCAAUACUUCAUCACAAAAUCUCAAAACUGCAGAUGGUUGACAACUGCUCUAAACCUUCAGUGAGGGCCUCUAAUAGAGACUUUGAGUCCAGCCCACCCCAGGUCAGUUCUGGACAUGAGGAUGUUCAGGAAAUUACUGGACAGACACUAGCAGAACACAAAACUGUGAAAGUACCUUAUCAUGAAAUGCAAAAGUGGCUAAAGGUGCCUCAUCUUCAAGUGCACAAAGUGCUUCAUCUUCAAGUGGCAAAGCAACAAAAAGUGUCUCAUCCUAAAGUGAAAAAGCAACAAGGGCAUGAAGAGCCUGUGAAAGUGCCUCAUCUUGAAGUGCAAAAGCUGGUUUACUCUGUGGUCAAGGAGCUAUGGGAGAUGAAUGACCUUGGAGAAGGCCCAAAGUUUUUAGCAGAAAUGCCCAAGACUUGUCCAUCUGAACUCUUUCUGCAAAGCUUAACUUGUGCACAACACCUCAAGAUGAGCAUCAGGCGCAAUUACUGCAAGCAUAUAUAUGAACUCUGCUGGGAGAUCCUUCAGGGUAUCUAUCUCAAAGAGCCUGAUGCACAAGCUGGUUGGUAUGAGCCAUGGCCUAAGGAUGAUGUGAUCAAGUUCAAAUCCUUACGCGACGUUCAGGUAAAAUGUAUUGAAUCACAGAAUCACUGAUCUGUUACAACAUAGUCAACAUGAAUUAUGCCAUGGUGCAAGUCAUGCCAGAUUUAACGCUGUCGAGAUAAAUCAAAUUAGACCAUGUUACUGAAGUUUUUGUUAUUCAGUUUAACCACAUGGCUGGUGUCGUAUUUUUUUAUCUACUUAUGACUGUAUUGUUGAAUAAUGUGUGUAUUGCUGGUACUGGAACAUGGACAUCUCAACAAAUAGAGGUAGCAGUUACGAGAAGGCUGCCAUAAGGCAGAAGGGCCCUUUCCCGAGAAAUCAUGUGGUGGACAUGCCUUUUCUUAUAAACCCCAGUGCAAAGAUACCUUUUCUGAUAAAUCACGUGACUAACAUGCCUUUCCUUAUAAACCCCAGUGCAAAGAUAACUUUUCUGAUAAAUCACGUGGCAAACAUGCCGUCUCUAAAAAAACACAUAGCAGACACACCUAGCCGCUUUUGGGGGCUUCGGGGGAUUUUUUGACUGUGUCAUGGGAUCAUGGCCUCCAGAUAGGCUCCUCUGGGGGUUCGUGGCGGGGUGACAGACUCCUCUACACGCUUCGGCAAUGCCACGAGACAGACAAUUUCCAGACACCGUAACUGAAAAAAACGAGACACCUGUUUUCACAGGAAACCGUGCAAUAUGCACGCUGUUAAGCUCAAUCUCGAUGUGGUUAAGUCUGAUGAAGUAAAUAAGAACAGGGUAGAUCAAAGGGGGGUUAGAUCUAUAAAAAGGGGGCACGGGGACUUGGUCCUCAGGUUAUCUACUUGAUCACUCUUG